UGCUGGGGUCCCCAGCGGCAGGCGCGAGCGAGCAAGCACAGCCCGAGCCCAGAGCCAACUCACUUUGAAUAUAUCAGCUAGAUGGAUAUUUAACCUUUCUGAGCAUCUGCUUCCAGCUGCCUAAAAUCAGAUCCUGGCCAUACUGAACAAUGUCACUUGCCCUGUAUACCUGCCUUCUCUGGCUGUCCACCAGUGGCCUCUGGACCAUCCAGGCUGAGGACUCCAAUGCUGCUAUAAGCACGAAAAGCCCUCACCGGGACCUGGCUCCAAUCAAUGCUGAUUUUGCCUUUAGCCUGUAUAAGCACCUGGUGGCCUUGGCUCCUGACAGGAACACCUUCAUCUCCCCAGUGAGCGUCUCCAUAGCCCUAGCUAUGCUGUCCCUGGGUGCUGGUGGCCACACACGGGCCCAGCUUCUGCAGGGCCUGGGCUUCAACCUCACAGAGACAUCUGAAGGUGAAAUACACCAGAGCUUCCGGCACCUCCAGCACCUCCUCCGGGAGUCAGACACCGGCUUGGAAAUCACUAUGGGCAGCACCUUGUUCCUUGACCACAGCCUGGAGCUGCUCAACUCGUUCUUGGAAGAUAUCAAACACUACUAUGGGUCAGAGGCCUUGUCUGUGGAUUUCCAGAAGUGGGCUGGGACCAACAGACAGAUCAACGAGUACAUCAAGAAUAAGACCCCGGGGAAAACGGCAGACAUGUUCUUAGACCCGGACAGCCCGGCCAUCCCCACCCUGGUCAGCUACAUCUUCUCCAAAGGCACAUGGACACAGCCCUCCAACCCGGAGAGAACCGUGGAGAAGAACUUCUAUGUGAAUGAGACGACCACCGUGAAGGUGCCCAUGAUGUUCCAGUCGAGCUCCGUCAAGCACCUUCUCGACCCGGAGCUCCCCUGCCAGGUGGUGCAGCUGGACCACUCGGGCAACCAGACCAUCUUCUUCGUCCUUCCUGAUCUGGGGCAGAUGGACACAGUCACUGCCGCACUGAGCAGGGACAUGAUGGAGAGAUGGUCCAUGUCCCUGGCCAGGAGCCAGGUGCACCUGUACAUCCCCAAAGUCUCCAUCUCUGGCACCUAUGACCUCAGGGGCGUGCUGGAAGACAUGGGUAUUAAAGACAUGUUCACCAACCGGGCAAACUUCUCAGGCAUCAGCCAUGCAGAGCAGCUGAAGGUAUCAAAGGUGAUUCAUAAGGCCAUGCUGCAACUGGACGAGGAGGGUGUGAAGCCAGCUGCCACCAAGGGCACCCUGGAGCUGGAGUCCGAGCCACUCACCAUAAGCUUCAACCGGCCCUUCCUUAUCAUGGUCUUCGACCACUUCACAUGGAGCAGCCUGUUCCUGGGCAAGGUGGUGAAUCCAACCUGAGAGCAUUGACCUGGGAGCCA